UACCUCCCACAUGGGGUGACCAAAGGCUUAGUGUGAGCCUGAUUAGUUUUGUAGCAGGUGGGCACAAGAUGUUAGUAGAGACGAGCACACAAACAAAUGCAUGGACAUAGACUUACUUCAAUACCAGUUCCAGAGAAGAUGGUGGCCACUGUGCUCACCUUUCUCACCUCACUUAAACAUGUUCAACCUGAUGAGCAACUGCUGCACCUGGGUCUCCAAGAUACAGGAGCCAAUCAGGAAAGUGACCAUUCUGGUGGUCGGUCUUGACAAAGCAGGAAAAACAUCCUCCAUCAGAGGGAUGUUAAGAGUCCCCCAUGGUGUGGAAUCAGGACCCACCCAGGGCUGCAUCCGAAAUGAGUUGAGAGUGGAGAACUACCUGGUCACCUUGUUGGAUGUGGGAGGAUCAGCAGAGUCGAGAGGAGCCUGGAGGGAGUUCUACAGAGAGGCCCAUGGGAUCAUCUUUGUGGUGGACUCCAGUGACAGGCAGAGGAUAAAGGAGGUCAAGGAGGUGCUUGCUGAUCUGCUGAAGCAACCAAGAGUGGCAGGAAAACCCAUAUUAGUGUUGGCUAACAAACAGGACAAAAUGAACGCUUUGCUGGGAAGUGAGCUGAUUGAGAUUCUGUCACUGGAGAAGCUGGUCAACCAGAGCCGCUCUCUGUGCCAUAUUGAGCCUUGUUCAGCCUUAAUGGACCUGCGACGCUGGUCGGACAGAAAGACUCUACGAGGCCUUCGCUGGUUGCUGCGUGCUGUUUGUCUGGAUUACCCCGAGCUGUGUACUCGUGUGGCCCAGGACAGCAAGAGGCCCCUGGAACCAAGAGAGAGGGAAAAGAACUGGAAAACGGAGAAAGGUCGCAGAAAAACCAAAGGGGAUCGAAUCCGAUCCAGCAAGUCAGAUCUUCGCCAGGUUCAUCGGCCAAAAGACAAGGAGAAGAAGACCAAGGGUGAAGGAAAGCUGCAACCCAUUCGAAACAUGCUACAUAAGGAAACCACUCUGAAGCUGAAGACAAAGAAGGAGAAGAAGCUGGUUAAGGUCAAGGAAGGUGAAAAAGAUCAAGAAGAAGGAAAUGAACAGGAGGAUGAAGAGGAGGGUGACGGUAACGAAGGAGAGCAAGAAAAUUCUGGUCACAGAGAGAAAGCCAGUAGUGCCCUGAUCCCCCCGAAAAAAGGCAAACCAAAACGCAAAACAAAGGUGAAAGAAGAGACUCUGGAGAUACCAGAAUCACCUGACAACGACGAGAAGGCGCUCAAAGCUAAAGGGGAAAAGAGGAAGAAGAAGAAAGUUGUCAAAGUAAAAAGGAAGAACAAAGUCAACACAGAGGAGAUGCCUGGAGCUUACUCUCAACCUGUGGACCUGUCUGCAACCUUCGAUCUUUACCGAAAAGCAAUACUGGCUCUGAAGGAACGUCAGGAUCAGGGACAGUGAGAGUGAAUCCUGGUUGUGUCCUGCGACCUGAGUGGGAGGAUGUGGUCCACAGCAGUAGCACACGGUCACACUACAUCACUUUACAAACUCUCACACCCUCCGGCCCCCACACACACUCAACAGGGGAAAGACUCGGUUACUGACUGCUAUGUCUUUAUCACUUUCUAUAGACUAUCACUUCAGACCUGAUCCCUGAACGUUUGGAGUGCAAAUUCUUUUUUACGAUUAUUUGACCAUUUUCUAGCAAUGAACAGUGCACUGGGCCGAGUAUGGGACAUUGUUGAAUGUGUUGAAGUGAUGAACACAUCUAUGAAAUUGUAUAAUAAACAUUUUGUUACUACUUGCAUUGCAUAUCUUAUCGGUUUACAUUACAGCAGCAGCAACAGCAAAAGUACAGCACAAGUAUUGUGUGCUACAAGUUAGUUAGAUUUCAAAAUCUAGCACAGUCAUCGAACGAAGAACAAGAUUGUUUAUCUGAAUGUAUAAUCAAAAAAGCUGGGUUCUGUUGUUCUCCACCUUUUUUGUCAUUUCAUAAUGAGUCUGUCAGAUCUGAGCCCCAAAAUGUACUGAUCCCAAGACAUUCCUCUGUGGCAGCCAGUCAUCUCGACCUUCUUCCACAAGUCGAAACUCUGUAUUGACCAGAUGGCACAACCGAUUUGACUGUUUGUGCUACAGCUUCUGGGUUUGGCAGUUGUUAAGUUUCAUCAAUAUUGACUGUACUGUGCUUGACUUUAGCAAAGACAAAAAUUGUUAAACUGACUAAAGAUAAGACAUAACUUCUGAGGUCUGUUGAGUGA